AUGCUACCUCUGACCAUGUGUGUGUUCUUGCUGCUGCUGCCGCCCCUGGGUCAGGCUGCUCCCAAGGACGGAGCCACCAGGCUGGCCUCCGGAGUGCAGCCUCAGCCCGUGUCCCACCCCUUCCAGCCAGGUCAGGAGCAGCUCCGACUUCUGCAGCGCUACCUGAAGGGUCUGCGGAGGACGGAGGAGGAGCCGGAACAGCUGAGCCGGGAGCAGGUGCUCCUCUACCUCUUCGCCCUCCAUGACUUCGACCAGAGCGGCCAGCUGGACGGCCUGGAGCUGCUGUCCAUGCUGAUGGCCGCUCUGGCCCCCGGAGCUGCGGACACACCCACUGACCCGGGCAGCCCAGAUGCCAGGCUGGAUGGAGGAGGGAGGUGGCGGCAGCUGUGA